AUGGGAGGUGCCACAGCCCCUCUCACAGGGCUCCCUCACACCAACCCAGCGAAAUCCUACUGGCAGCGAAACCCCCAUCGCAUAGCGGAUCUCCGUAGCACAGACUCGCUCCCUAAAUCCUCAAAAUAUAUCAUCAUCGGAUCAGGAAUCACAGGUGGCAGCAUUGCCUACAAGCUGCUCGUUCACGAACCCGCCGCUUCCAUCGUCUUACUUGAAGCGCGACAAGCGGCAAGUGGAGCAACCGGUCGUAACGGUGGCCACUGUCGUCCAGGAGACUACGACAAGUUCUCAGCCCAUGUUGAGCGAUUCAGUCUCGAAGAUGCGUUGCGAAUGGAGAAGCUGGAGGCUGAUAAUGUGAAGCUUCUGACGAAAUUCAUCAAGGAACAUGGAAUUGAAUGUGAUCUUAAUGAAGUUGAGAUUGUGGAGAUGUUUACAGAUGAGAAGCCAUUCAAAUAUGUUCUGGGUGUUUUGGAGGCCAGAAAGAAGGUUGCUGAGAUGAGAAAGGAGGCUCCGGUCUUGAGAGAAUACAGAAUUUGGAGUGCUGAGGAGACGAAGAAGGAGCUUCUUAUUCCUAGCGGUGUUGGUGCUGUAUCUUUAGUAGGAGGCUAUCAGCUGCAGCCAUAUCUCGUGGCUUGUGGGAUUCUGGAACUGGCAAUUGAGAAAGGGUUGAAUUUGCAAACCAACACUCCAGUCACUAAAAUUUUGAAACUCUCCGAAGACAACGAAGGUAAUGGGUGGAAAGUUCAUACCGAUAGAGGAGAUGUGUUUGCUGAAAAGGUUAUUUUGGCGAGAAAUGCAUAUUCUGGGGCGCUAUAUCCGGAUCUCGCUGAGUUCAUAUCCAACCAACGAAACGACAAAUGUGCGUCGUCCGACCAGGAUCAAAGAUUGUCGAUACUGGGGUCCUCCCAAGGACCGGUGUCUGGGAAACCGCAGAUUCUUCUGAUUAUUAUCAACAAAGAUACAAGGGCUCUCUGGGAGAAGGCGAUCUAGUACUAGGUGCGUUUUCAAACUGUUGGCUAUGUAUAAUGUGCUGACUUUUCCAAAGGUGGUAGUCUUAGGGCCAGUUCUAUUGAAGACUCGUCCAUCGUCCCAGAAAUUACAGAAUAUUUCGCGCAUAAGCUUCCCAAGAGAUUUUAUGGCAGAGAGAAUUGGAGAGAAGAUGGGGAGAUUAUUCAGGAGUGGAGUGGCAUUAUGGGGUAUACUUUUGAUCGCCGACCCAUCAUUGGUGAAGCUCCUGGUCAAAAUGGGCUGUGGGUUUGCGUUGGCUUUAAUGGACAUGGUGAGUUGAGAAGUCGGCUAUUCAAACAUUACUAAUACUUCAGGCAUGGCUCUCACAUUUCAAUCAGCGGAGGCUCUUGUGCAAAUUUUGGAUGGUAAAGAAAAGGAGGUAGAUAAGUGGCUUUCUAGUUGCUACAAGAUACAGAGGUUGCUCGAAAGUGGCUUAUGA